ACGGGACGGCGAGGCCAUGAAGAAGGAUGUGUUGAGACGAGAAGAGAUGGACGAGAGGAAGGGGGACCUCGGAGAGAGAGUUUUGGAUGGACUCGGCGAGGGACAGGAGGACAGGACGGGCGAGGAUGAGGAAGAUGACGCCGCGGCCGAGGAAGAGCGACACGGGGAGGAACGCAAGGUGAACGGGUGCGCCGAGAUCUGCGGGAUCGAGAACGCCGCCUUUGUGGAUGACCGGGAGAGAGAUCUGGAGAGCCACAGAGAGGAAGAUGAGGAAGAGGAGGAGGAGGAGGAUGGUGAUAAAGGUGGUCAGGUGCCAGAGUCAUACGAGGAGCUGCCUGGACUCUCAGAUGAGGAGGACCCAACUCUACAGAGGAAGAUCAAGUUCUCCACAGCACCAAUCAAGGUUUUCAGUACAUAUUCCAAUGAGGAGUACGACCGCAGGAAUGAGGAUGUGGACCCGGUCUCGGCGUCAGCUGAGUAUGAGCUGGAGAAGAGGGUGGAGAAGAUGGAUGUCUUCCCUGUGGAGAUCCUCAAGGAGGACACUGGGCUGGGCAUCAGUAUCAUAGGGAUGGGUGUGGGUGCUGAUCAGGGUCUGGAGAAACUGGGCAUCUUCGUCAAAACUAUCACUGAGGGCGGUGCAGUCCAACGGGAUGGACGUAUCCAGGUGAAUGAUCAGAUUGUGGAGGUGGACAGGGUGAGUCUGGUUGGGGUCACCCAGAUGUUUGCAGCCACUGUGCUCAAGAACACCAGAGGCCUGGUCAGCUUCCUUAUUGGUCGGGAGCGGUCCGGUGUGGAGAGCGAGGUGGCUCGCCUCAUCAGUGAGACCCUCCACCAGGAGAGCACCAGCAAACACCACAAGCAGAAGGAGAUCCAGAGCAAGGAGCAGAGGCAUGAGGAGGAGGAGGAGGAGGAAGAGGUCCUGGUGAAGCCUGCUGACCUGAAGAGAGGACACCAUGAGGAAGGAAAAGAUGAGAAAGAAGUGGAUGAGGAGGAGAGGAGGCAGGAAAAGCAUGAUGACUUGGACAGCGAAUGGACUCUACCUGAACACCUCCAUGCCACUGAGCUGGGAGAGAAAUAUAAAGAGCUCAAAAACAAGCACAUCACCACCGUAGCAGAGCUGAGAGAGAUUAAAGAAAAGAUGCGCGUGUAUGAGGGGGAGAGGGUGUCCUGGGAGCAGCGGACAGCGGACCUGGAGGAGCGGUGGCAGGCGAGCAUGGAGCGGCUGCGCACGCUGGAGGGCUACUGGCAGGAGUCGCAGCGGCUUUGCGAGACGGUCAGCCAGAGCCUCAGCCAGGCCCAGGCCCAGCAGCAAGCCAUGGAGCUCCGCUACAGCGACACCCAGAGCCAGCUGCAGGAGCACGAGAAGAGAGCGGCUGAGUUUGUGCGGCGGGAGGAGGAGCUGAGGAGGCUGCUGGAGGAGAGAGAGAGAGACUUCCAGAAGAAAGUGGAGAAACUGCUGGAGCAGAUGGCUGUGUUGGAGGGCAGGGACCAGGUGGACCAGCAGCCCCCGGCUGAGCUCAGGGUACCGGGGGAGGAGAGUCGGCUCAGCAGCCCAGAGUCUGGAGCCUCCGACCGGAACGGCCUCUCCACCGACGAGCCCAUCUCUGAUCCAGACUGGGGUGGCGCGGUGCCGGAGACCCACCGUCUGGACUGCAGUGCCCAUCGGGCCAAGGCUCAGCUGGCCCAGAGAUCCCGGCGCCAGCGCCCGUCCAGACACAAGCUCCGCGAGUCGGCCCGCAAGUCUCCCGGCCAGAACCAGGAGCCAGAGGAAAGAGCAGAUGUGGCAGUGGAGUCCAGCACUAAGCGGAGGUCCCUCCUGGAGAGCCUGUCCCUGCCCGUGCCCAUCCUGACUCUUGAGGGGGCCGCCACCGGGGGGGACACCAGCAGCUCUGCGUCCCCCCUGCCCUGCACCCCCCACGGCAGGGCUCCACGCGAGGCCAGCCCCAGUGUGUCGCCCCCAACAGACGCGUCCACCCCCCACUCCCCCUCCAGCCUCCUGCAGAGCCUCAGGAGCCGCCGCUCCAAGAGCAGGGACAAGAGCAAGGCCAGCAAGAGCAGAGAUGAGGAUCCUGACAGCUCUUCCUCUGGGAAGUCCAAAAAGAGAUUCCCAGAUUUCAGUGGCCUGAGGAAGUCUGGGGGCAAAGGUCGCAAACAGGAGCGGGACGCUCUGCGUGGAUCCCUAGAGAGCAGGGGCUCUGGGGACCUGCUGGAUGUGUCCAGUGGGAACAUGUCCCCCACGGGGUCAGUGUCCUCCGUGCCCUCCUGCAUGCCCUUCUCCUGGUUCGGGGACAAAGAGCGGGAGCGGGAGAAGGACAAGGAGCAGUCCCUGUCCAGCUGCAGCCUGCCCCACACCCCCACGGACAAACACGUCGACCGGUCAGCCCAGCGGGAGAAGACCAACUUAUCAUGGCACUCUCUACUGUCUCCCUCCUUAGAAUCGAGUCUCUCUGCGACUGACGAGUCCAACCCCAAUAGCCCGCGCUCUUCCCUGGCAGCUCUACUGUCAGACCGCCGUCCGGCAACACGCUCUCGUACCCUCGCCUUCUCCUCCAGCGAGACCUUAGAUGAUGACCCUCCACCAACAGGGAAGGGCUAUGUGUGGCAAACCCGCCCACUAUCAGAAUGGACCAGUCAGCAGGUCUGUCAGUGGCUGAUGGCCAUGAACAUGGACGAGUACAUUGCCGAGUUCACAACCAGAGGUGUUGACGGACAGAAGCUUAUGAAUUUGGACAGCAGCAAGCUUAAGGAGCUGGGAGUGUCCAGUCACCGGGACCGCUCCACUCUGAAGAAGAGGCUGAAGGACAUGAGAAAGAUGCAGGAGAAGAUGGACAAACGCCAGGCCAAGAGGGAGAAGGAGCGGCAGAAGGAGCAAGAGAAAGAGGCACGCCGAAGCGGCGCCAGACCUGCCAGCACUGACUCUGCCUGCUGAGAUUGUCCAGCGACCUUUCUCUGACCCGUACACUUGACCCCUGACCCAUGACCCGUGCCCUCUGUGUGUGCACUUGGUGACCUCCAGAGGAUGCUGAAAAUAAGCAUGACUUGCCAGUGUCCACUGAUCUUGCCGUCAUGUGGAUGAAGCAGGUCAUUUCAUAGCAUCACGAGCGAACCCGUGAAUUUGUGGUCCAAAAGGUGAUGAGCGCAACAGCCUGUAGUGCCUGAACUUGCUAAUGAUUGGAUAUAAGCACUGCAUUUAGUCAAUGGGGAAUGGUACAGAGUAGUUGUUCCUCUGCUCCUGCAUUCCCACACCUGCCAAAAUAACUGAUGUAUUUUUGUUUCAGUGGUUUUGAGUCAUCAAUGAAAUCUGGAACUUAAUUUGAUAGUCAAGUUUCAACAUGUAGGCCAAUGAUAGUUCCACAUUACAUGUCACAGGGGAACAUUUCCCAAUAAACAUGAUACCAAAAGGACAUCUGUGGGUCCAGGAAGAAUCGGUGAGCAAAAACGAGCGAGCUCUUAUGCACUGUAAAUAUGUGUUAUGUGUAUAAUGGUGCACAUGCUGUCUCAUCUGGCCAGGACACCACAAAACAGUAACAUACUCUUGCACAGCACUUCAUUUCUUUGUACAGUAGAGGGCGCCAUUGAUGCAGUUUAGUCAAUUACCAGAGGUCUUCUCAAAGUAGACAAGAGGCAAGAACUGCUGCUAGCACACUCUGGGCACUUUAGUUCACAUUAACAGGACUAGAACCAGAUUUGGAUACCUUACACAUAGUACUGGUUUGGAUUUGGAUCUUCAUAAGACUGAAGUACGGACCGCCUGGAACAGUGUGUGCAUACCAGGACGUUAAUUAGUAUGGAGUGGGCACUUGUUAGUGUACACUUUUACAGACAUAUAAUAUGUGCAUUCUUUUUAUGUGUAACAGUUUUAGAAAUGGCUGGAUGUACAUAAUUAUAUUCUUAGUAACAAAUGCUGUACAUAUUCAGGGCUGUAAUUAAAACUGAAGCCCUGUUGUGUUGAUUAGCAAUGAUGGCUGUUUUACUUGUCUAAUAAAUAAAAUAUGUUUUAUACAGA